UUUGGUUGUCAGGGCGGGCUUAUGAUUCAGCCCUUCUCUCAUUGGUUGGUUUUGGGUUUUUUCCUGUCUGGGCAUUUGCAUGCGUUUUGAUGGCUCUAUAAGGCAGCUGCGCUGCCUACAGAGACCAGUUGGUUUUUGGCUUGCGCGCAAGCGCGGUGUGUGUUCAGAUUUCGGCAUUAAAGCCUACAUCCGGGUUCGUUUUGCUCCUCCGUCGAUGGACGAUGCGCGCUUAACCGGCGCCAUCUGAUAUGGUAGCAGACCACGGUGCCGAUCGUGUGUUACACAGCGGGCUUGCCCCGCUCACGGGCCACCUCUGAGUUGUGGACCAGAUCGCGUGAUCGCGUCCUGUGCCACCCCCGGGUACGGAGCUCAUCCCGCUCCUCCGGAUUUCCCGUCAGUCGCCGGAGCUGUGCCGUCACUCCCGCAGAACGCGGAGGAAACUGCCUCUCCCACAAGGGGAUGGAGAUAUCGCCAAGCCAGAAGUGCAGCGAUGGACGGACAAACCCACAGCCACACCGUACCGAUGACGGAUGCCGACGGUGGACGGAACCCGGACCAGCAGGAAACCUGCGGACCCUUCACCACCACCAACAGCCACGCCAACCCCGAUCCCCACGGCCGGAUCGACCACCAUUACCACGCCGAGAAAUUCACCCCACCAAACCCUGCCCGCCUUACCUGGGACAGCGACCUUUCCCCCGGCGGAGCAGUGGAAUUGCCCCACCGGAGCAGCGUAAUUUUGUGUUUGCAGGGUCAUGGCCGUACCUGUGCCCCAAACCCCUGCGCGAUUUUCCCCAGACGGUGACCUUUCUCCAGACGGAUAAAAUGCGGAAUCUACCGAUUUCCGCAUCCGACCCUGGAUUCUGUCGCGACAGUGCGUUGACCUAGGCACUGGACCGCGUGAAGCCGAACCAGACCGACCGAACCCGAGCCAAACCGACCGAGAACCACUCCUAAACCGAACCUGAUCCGAGCCGACCAAACCUGGACCGAGCCGGACGAAACCUGACUGAACCAGAUCCCAUACCGGACCACGUGAGCCGACCGAACUGGAACCGAGCCACCCGGUAGUACAGUCUAUUAGACAUAGUACAGGGACCGUACCGGUCCCUGUAUCCACUGUUCUUUUACGGCGCAUCACGCCAUUUACCUGCACUUCGCAGGAGCUCAGUGUUAGACCGUACAGGGAUGUCAGGGCGGGCUUAUGAUUCAGCCCUUCUCUCAUUGGUUGGUUUUGGGUUUUUUCCUGUCUGGGCAUUUGCAUGCGUUUUGAUGGCUCUAUAAGGCAGCUGCGCUGCCUACAGAGACCAGUUGGUUUUUGGCUUGCGCGCAAGCGCGGUGUGUGUUCAGAUUUCGGCAUUAAAGCCUACAUCCGGGUUCGUUUUGCUCCUCCGUCGAUGGACGAUGCGCGCUUAACCGGCGCCAUCUGAUAUGGUAUAUUUUUCUCUGUCAGUCCCAGUCUAAUAAAUCUCUGUUGGUUGCUACUGAGUACCGUGUGGGACUGGAUCACUGUACGUAUACAGUACACGGAAGCUUACGCAAACCAAAGCCGGCAGUUUUACGUGACCUUCAACCGGGAGCAUUAUAUCGUUGGACAGGGCAAAACAAUUUGACGCACAAUAUUAUACGAAUAAUCCUGGGACAAUUUCAACAUGUGGGUGAUCGUUAUCAUUUCGCUGCUCUCGCUGUAUCCUACCGGAAUCUCAUUUGCCCGGUGCUCGGACACCCUGCAGCAAGGAUCUCGCGGCGAGUGCGUCAAGGCUGUGCAGCGCGCCGUCGGCACCACCGCGGAUGGAAUUUUCGGUAAAAACACCAAAGCCGCCGUUAUGGCCUACCAGCGCCAGCGCGGUUUGGAGGUUGACGGAAUCGUGGGACGAAAUACCUGGGCGGCUAUAUACGGCACAAGCGGAACCUCAUCCGGAGGGACCAAACCCUCUAGUUUGGGAUGUGGGUGUUCGUAUGAUUACGCUUCUAAAUGCAGCGGUGGACCCACACCGGGUGCAACGAAAUUGGCGGCCUAUCUGAAACGAAAUUACGGAAGCCGACAGGAAAUCUACGAGUGCCGUCCGGUGCGCGGUGGGAAGAACUUAUCGCUGCACGGGGAAGGACGAGCGAUUGAUCACUAUGUGGAAAGAUCGCGGGGAGAAAGCAUAUUCCAGCAUCUGAUCUCCAUUGCGUGUAAGAAUGGCAUACAGGAGGUCAUCUUUAACCGAAAGAUCUGGACGCAGAGCAACGGUCUGCAAGCGUACCACGGUGUCAAUCCACACACCAAUCACGUUCAUGUGGGACUGAACAAAUGCGGCGCUAAAAACUUUAGCUUGUAAUACACAUGGAUUUUCCGCAUUCGCCUUAUUUCUACUCGUCUGUGUUUUCGGCUUCACUGAAAUAAUUUAAGUACUGUGCUACCGUGCUAAAUUUGACCAGUCUGUGGCCUUUGCGAUAAACAAACUCGGACAUUUUUACACAUAGCCACUAAUCAUUAAUAAAUAUGAGUAACAACAAAAUACGUUAUCAAUCCAGCUAGGUACGUAUUUAAAAUGUCCAACGUUAGCGGGUGUCUAACGUCCUUUUGUACCUGUUCUCUCAUUUAACUGCAUCCCACGCGCAAUUGAUAUA